GACAUUCAAUAAUUAAUUAACAUUUUCAUAUUGCAUGAUCAUUUCUUAAAAAUUUAAAGCUUUCUUUAUACAAAAAGCAGAUGUAGUCCCUUCACUACUACACUUUAAAAGCUCUCUAUGCCAUACCAUAAACAAUCAUAUCCUAAAGCAUCUUUAGCUUCAAAACUCAAAGAGAGACACUGUGAGAGGAACUUAAGUGUUGCUUAUAGGAGAAUGCACAUUUCUUGCGAGUCAUUGUGCUUUGUUAUGGUUUCAUUUUAUGUUUCUGUUCUACCCUUCACUCAAUGCACAAACUUGGAGGAAGUGAGUCAUUUUAAUAGCCACAAGAACACAAAUAACAAAGUUCACAAGCAGGUAAAUAAUCAGAAAUCAUCUGAUAUAGCAUUACAUGGAUUGCUUCUAUGGGGUUCAAUGGGAUUCUUAAUGCCUCUUGGGAUACUUACAAUCAGAGGAUCCAAUAAAUCUAAACCUGGAUCAAGAAAGAGUAGAGUACUCUUCUAUUUGCAUGUUACUUUUCAGAUGCUUUCAGUACUUCUUGCCACAGUUGGAGCUGCUAUGUCAUUGAAAAAAUUUGAGAAUUCAUUUGACAACAACCAUCAAAGAUUAGGUCUAGCACUUUAUGGUGCUAUACUUGUGCAAGCUUUCAUUGGAUUUUUCAGACCUCACAGGGGAAAGAAACAAAGGAGUUAUUGGUACUUGGUACAUUGGAUACUAGGGACAAUAGUUUCACUUGUGGGGAUCAUCAACAUUUACACAGGAUUAAAAGCCUACCAUAAGAGAACCUUAAAAAGCACAAUGUUUUGGACUAUACUUUUCACAGUGGAAGUCUCAUUCAUUGGAUUGAUUUAUCUCUUCCAAGACAAAUUGGAGUAUAUGAAAAAGCAAGGAGUGAUUGAAGGAAGUGAUGAGUCAACUAUUUCAUCUUACCAAGAUAUAAUUCCUCAAAGGCAACAAAAUCAAAAAGAGAUGUUGCCAAUUGCAUGUGGAAAGAUAAAUGCACUUGGGAAUCUGUUUGACUAAUACAUGACGGUUAUUGUAAGCGGCAGAGUGACAUUACACGUCGCUUUGAAUUAUCAAAAGAAAUAAUAAUGUGAUGACUUUUUUUUGCUUUACAUUUUGAUUAGGUUAUUGGUUUGUUGGUAAUUUUUACUCUAGUUUUUGGUGCAUGCACUUUAUAUAUAUGCAAGUGGGAUAUGAUUUUUUGAAAGGUAAGUUUGAUAGAGUGCAUUCAUCAAAAAGUGAAGGUUGAUUUUUUUUUUUCUCUUCAUGGAUUUUUCAAUGUAUAUUUUUCACAUGUAUUAAUGAACAUCAUAAGUGUGUGUGUAAUACUGACCUGUGU